CAUUGAAUUCACUUCUGGGUGAAAAACAAGGCAGUAUGUUCUUGUUGCUGGAAGCAGGCAUAAUUCCUGCUAUGACUCUGUCAAAGCAUUUUUAACCCAGCCUAUUCUUUCACAUGCAGUGUUCCCCCAACUAAGGAGCAACUCUCUCAGUUAUCUGUGCUGUAGAACAAGAUAUCAAAGAAAGAAGAAUUAACUCACCCUCCCAGAAAGAGCUUGGAAUAAAAGGGAAUUGAUGCGCUUACAAUUGGCGGGUCAUUAUGCUGCUCCACCUGUGUAGUGUUAAGAAUCUGUACCAAAACAGGUUCCUGGGCCUGGCAGCUAUGGCGUCUCCAUCUAGGAACUCACAAAAUCGGCGCCGGUGCAAAGAGCCGCUCAGAUACAGCUAUAACCCUGACCAGUUCCAUAACAUGGACAUCAGGAACAAUUCCCACGAGACAGUCACCAUUCCCAGGUCUACCAGUGACACAGACCUUGUCACUUCAGACAGCCGAUCUACCCUGAUGGUCAGCAGCUCCUACUAUUCCAUUGGGCACUCACAGGACCUAGUGAUAUACUGGGAUAUAAAGGAGGAAGUGGACGCAGGGGACUGGAUUGGCAUGUAUCUCAUAGAUGAAGUCUUGUCUGAAAACUUUCUGGACUACAAGAACCGUGGAGUCAAUGGCUCUCAUCGUGGUCAGAUUGUCUGGAAGAUUGAUGCCAGUUCUUACUUCGUGGAGCCUGAAACAAAGAUAUGCUUCAAAUACUAUCACGGUGUGAGUGGGGCACUACGAGCCACAACUCCAAGUGUCACGGUGAAAAACAACGCAGCUCCCAUUUUUAAAAGCAUCACCAAUGAAGAUUCAAUCCAGGGACAGGGAAAUCGGAGGCUGAUAAGUUUUUCAUUGUCAGAUUUCCAGGCUUUCGGUCUGAAGAAAGGAAUGUUUUUCAAUCCAGAUCCUUAUCUGAAGAUUUCCAUCCAGCCUGGGAAACACAGCAUCUUCCCAGCACUUCCUCAUCAUGGACAGGAGAAAAGAUCUAAGAUCAUGUGCAAUACAGUUAACCCAAUCUGGCAAGGGGAGCAGUUCAGCUUUGUCUCCCUGCCCACGGAUGUCCUGGAAAUAGAAGUUAAAGACAAAUUUGCCAAGAGCCGACCGAUCAUCAAGCGUUUCCUGGGAAAACUCUCCAUGCCAGUUCAGCGCCUCUUGGAAAGACAUGCCAUAGGGGACAGGGUUGUAAGCUACACUCUCGGUCGCAGGCUUCCUACAGAUCAUGUCAGUGGCCAGCUGCAGUUCCGAUUUGAGAUAACUUCUUCCAUUCAUCAAGAUGAUGAAGAGGUCUCCAUUAGCGCAGAUCCUGAGCCAGCUGACCUCCAGGAAAGCCCUGUGAACAACCCCACAGAGGAAAGCCUCGGUGAGCCUCCAUGCAUCAACACAGUGACCUCAGAAAAUACAGUUCCAGAAGAGCUAAAUGGAUACAGUGUGAACAAUAUUGAUAGCCCAGGGGCUGUCAAGCCACCCAGGGAAGUCAACCAGAACAACAUAAAUGAAGAGCUAGCAGGAGAUGAGGAGGUUGAUGCCGUGCCGGUUCCUGAGCCCUUGGAAUCCAUCCGAGGAGAAGUGCUGCCUUCUUCAAAUGUGACAGACCUCACGGAGCAGCUGGAUCUGCUGGCUUGCGUGUCUCCUUCUGAGACUGAAGUUAGGGAAAACAGCAAAGUCAAUUCUGGUACUCAGGGAGAUGAUGGAGAAUUGAACAGCACAGAAACUUUAGAUGUCAAUGAGGUGAGUGCAGAUGUGCAUGCUGACAAAGACCUAGAGAAGAGUCAGGAAGAAGGGGCUUCAGCUCAAGAGGAGGAAGACAGCAAGCUACAGCUGAGGACCACAGCAAAGAGGAAAACAAGGCCAUGCUCCCUGCCUGUGUCUGAACUAGAGACAGUUAUAGCUUCAGCUUGUGGUGAGCCAGAGACUCCUCGCACUCACUAUAUAAGAAUCCACAACCUGCUCCACAGCCUACCCUCAGCACAGAUGAGCAGCGAUGGGGAAGAGGAGCAAGAUGCUGGCAAUGGCGGGGAGAACGAUGAAGAGUCCACAGUCAAGGAGGUGUUGCAGAAGGAGACAGUCAGUGAGAGUGAGACUAUGGCAGCAGAGCCUCCUCCAGAAAAUGAGGCCGAAGAGAACUUCAGCCAGUGCACAGUGCCUCCUGGGACCUUAGACGAGCAACUCUCUGACUUAAAUGAUGGGCUGGUGGAUGGGGAAAACCCCAGGACAGGAAGCGAAAGCGAGUCAAGCUCCAGACCCAAUGGUGACAACGAAUGUGAGGCGUGCGACACCUCUUGCUACAGCCCCUCCUGCUACAGUACCUCCUGCUACAGCACUUCCUGCUACAGCACGUCCUGCUACAGCACCUCCUGCUAUGACAGUAACAAUCGCUUCUCCAGCCAUACGCGCUUCUCCUCUGUUGACAGUGCAAAGAUUUCUGAGAGCACGGUCUUCUCCUCUCAGGAUGAUGAGGAGGAGGAGAAUAGCGCUUUUGAAUCGGUGCCAGACUCAGUACAGAGCCCUGAGCUGGACAGGGAGCAAGUGGAUGGCUCCUCCCAGUGGCCAGAUGAACUAGUAGCACAUGGUGGGAAUCCACAACUAGCCACAGAAAGUCUAGACACCCCAAUAGCAGGUCCAAGCAGCAGAAGAGAAGGUGAUUGUCCUUUACUCCAUAAUUCUCAGCCAGUCAGCCAGCUUCCUUCUCUGAGGCCUGACCAUCAUCACUACCCAACUAUCGAUGAGCCUCUUCCACCAAAUUGGGAAGCUCGGAUAGACAGCCACGGGAGGGUGUUCUACGUUGACCAUGUCAACCGAACUACCACAUGGCAGCGCCCCACAGCUGCAGCAACACCAGAUGGGAUCCACAGGUCUGGCUCUAUCCAGCAAAUGGAGCAGCUGAACCGGCGAUACCAAAAUAUCCAGCGAACUAUUGCAACAGAGCGGACUGAAGAUGAUGGCGUAGUAAACAACAGGGUGGAGAGAGUUCCCACUGGAGGAGGAAGUGACUCUGAGGCAGAGCCUUCCCAACCAAGCUCAGAGAUUAGAAGGGAAGGUUCCCUUUCUCCUGUGAAUUCUCAAAAAAUCACCUUACUGCUGCAGUCUCCAGCUGUGAAGUUUAUCACCAAUCCUGAGUUCUUCACUGUGCUGCAUGCAAACUAUAGUGCCUAUCGAGUCUUCACUAACAGUACCUGUUUGAAGCAUAUGAUUCUGAAGAUCCGUAGAGAUGCUCGUAAUUUUGAGCGCUAUCAGCACAACAGAGACCUUGUAAAUUUUAUCAACAUGUUUGCUGAUACCCGACUAGAGCUUCCUCGUGGCUGGGAAAUAAAAACUGACCAGCAGGGCAAGUCUUUCUUCGUUGACCACAACAGUCGUGCUACCACAUUCAUAGAUCCCAGGAUCCCACUGCAGAAUGGUCGUCUCCCUAAUCACUUGACUCACAGGCAACAUCUUCAGCGGCUUCGUAGCUACAGUGCUGGAGAGGCUUCUGAAGUCUCUCGGAACAGAGGAGUUACUCUGUUGGCCAGACCAGGCAAUAGUCUCGUAACAGCUAUUCGAAACCAGCAUCAUUAUGAGACAUUACCUCUGGCUUACAAUGACAAGAUUGUUGCAUUUCUACGCCAACCUAACAUUUUUGAGAUGCUGCAAGAGCGUCAGCCCAGUUUGGCCAGAAACCAUGCACUCAGGGAGAAGAUCCAUUAUAUUCGGACAGAGGGUACUCAUGGGCUUGAAAAGUUGUCCUGUGAUGCAGAUUUAGUAAUUCUGCUGAGCCUUUUUGAAGAAGAUAUCAUGUCCUACAUACCACUCCAGGCCACUUUCCAUCCUGGUUACAGUUUCUCUCCUCGCUGCUCACCCUGCUCAUCACCCCAAAAUUCUCCAGGACUGCAGAGAGCAAGCGCAAGAGCACCUUCUCCAUACAGGAGAGAUUUUGAAGCCAAACUACGCAAUUUCUAUCGAAAACUUGAAGCCAAAGGAUAUGGACAAGGUCCAGGUAAAAUUAAGCUAAUUAUACGACGUGACCACUUACUGGAAGGCACCUUCAACCAGGUGAUGGCAUAUUCACGCAAGGAGCUCCAGCGAAACAAACUCUACAUCACGUUUGUUGGCGAGGAAGGACUGGACUACAGUGGCCCCUCUCGAGAAUUCUUUUUCCUUCUGUCUCAGGAGCUCUUCAAUCCCUAUUACGGGCUGUUUGAGUAUUCAGCCAAUGACACUUACACUGUACAGAUCAGCCCCAUGUCUGCCUUUGUUGAAAAUCACCUGGAAUGGUUCAGGUUCAGUGGUCGUAUUCUUGGCCUUGCUCUCAUUCAUCAGUACCUUCUUGAUGCUUUCUUCACAAGGCCGUUCUACAAAGCACUAUUAAGGCUGCCGUGUGAUUUAAGUGACUUAGAGUACCUGGAUGAAGAGUUCCAUCAAAGCUUGCAGUGGAUGAAAGAUAACAACAUCACAGAUAUCCUGGAUCUCACCUUCACAGUGAACGAGGAGGUGUUUGGACAGGUGACAGAGAGAGAGUUGAAAUCUGGAGGGGCGAAUACAGCAGUGACAGAAAAGAACAAAAAAGAGUACAUUGAGAGAAUGGUUAAAUGGCGAGUGGAACGAGGAGUUGUUCAACAAACAGAGGCUCUGGUCCGUGGCUUCUACGAAGUUGUAGACUCCAGGCUUGUCUCUGUUUUUGAUGCCAGAGAGCUGGAGCUGGUUAUAGCUGGCACUGCAGAAAUAGAUCUCAAUGACUGGCGUAACAACACGGAAUAUCGUGGAGGUUACCAUGAUGGACACAUUGUAAUACGGUGGUUCUGGGCAGCAGUGGAGAGGUUUAACAAUGAACAGAGACUCCGGUUGUUGCAGUUUGUUACUGGAACUUCAAGUGUGCCAUAUGAGGGCUUUGCAGCUCUCCGAGGAAGCAACGGGCUUCGGCGUUUCUGUAUAGAGAAAUGGGGGAAAAUAACCUCCCUUCCACGGGCACACACAUGUUUCAACCGUUUGGAUCUUCCACCUUACCCCUCAUAUUCUAUGCUGUAUGAGAAGCUGUUGACAGCUGUUGAAGAAACUAGUACCUUCGGACUUGAAUGAGGGGGUUCAGGCAAUUCUGGUGUUUUUCUGGCUGUUGAUGUCAUCUUUCCAACAUCAUUUAAUAUUGGUUUCCCAUGUUUUUAUUUUUGAAAAUAAAACAAAAAAGAAUCAAGA